UUAUCGUCUCUCCCAGGUCUCCCUACUAUUGUCUCCCUCUCAAUGCUAUAUGUUCCUGUUUCAGUAUACGGAUCAUGAAAAGACAAUACGGGAAAAAUAAAAGAAAAUUAUAUUGAAAACUGAGCCGAGGAGAUGCUUGUGGGCACGAUCACUCCCACCGUUUCUCACUCUGUUGUUCUUUCUUGUAGAUUUUGGUACCGAUCAGGUCCGAUAGACUUAAACUUAGUGCGCCUCAACAAACACACUCAGUCUGUGACGAACACAUCAUCCAAUUUUGCGAGUAUCAGAUGGAAAAGAAAGGCCAACGGUAACCGAUCGGCAAUGGAAACUUUCACAACACGUGCAUUAGCUGAACCACUAAAGAACGCUGACGAGCUCAUCGAUUCCGUCGAGACUUUUAUCUUCGACUGUGACGGAGUUAUAUGGAAAGGUGAUAAAUUAAUAGAAGGAGUCCCAGAAACUCUUGACCUGCUUCGGUCAAAGGGCAAAAGAUUAGUUUUCGUUACUAACAACUCUACUAAGUCAAGGAAACAAUACGGGAAGAAGUUUGAGACUCUUGGCCUGAAUGUUAAUGAGGAGGAAAUUUUUGCCUCAUCUUUUGCAGCUGCCGCAUAUUUGAAAUCCAUUAAUUUCCCGAAAGAUAAAAAGGUUUAUGUCAUUGGAGAAGAUGGCAUCUUGAAGGAGCUUGAGCUUGCUGGGUAUCAGUACCUUGGUGGGCCAGAAGAUGGUGUGAAAAAGAUAGAGCUGAAGCCAGGAUUUUUGAUGGAACAUGAUGAGGACGUUGGAGCUGUUGUUGUUGGAUUUGAUCGCUACUUCAACUACUAUAAAAUCCAGUAUGGAACGCUUUGCAUACGUGAAAAUCCUGGAUGUCUUUUCAUCGCGACAAAUCGAGAUGCUGUUACUCAUCUCACAGAUGCGCAGGAAUGGGCAGGUGGGGGAUCCAUGGUUGGUGCUAUUAGUGGAUCUACUCAACGUGAGCCGCAAGUGGUUGGAAAGCCCUCAACUUUUAUGAUGGACUACUUGGCUAAUAAAUUUGGGAUUCAGAAGUCACAGAUUUGCAUGGUUGGGGACAGAUUAGACACAGAUAUUUUGUUUGGACAAAAUGGAGGCUGCAAAACUCUUCUUGUGCUGUCUGGGGUAACCUCAUUGGCCAUGCUUCAGAAUCCCAACAACAAAAUACAACCAGACUUCUACACCAACAAAAUUUCAGACUUUCUUUCCCUGAAAGCUGCACCUGUAUGAUCUCUUCAUGAUAGUCUCUCGUGUUCAGAGUGUAAUUUACUCCUAUAUUUAUUCCUGUCUACCUUAUUUGAAAUCAUUUCUAUUCAUUUUUAUCUUCCUUCGAGAUGAAUCUUUAUCUGUUCUAUAAGCUAAUCUUUUAAUUUGUUACCA